CUACACGGCCGUUGGCAGAUACCGCGAAUCAGUAUUAUUUGUUGACAUCAAGUUUGCUGUUUAGAAAAUAUUGCUUUAUUACACUGUAAAAGUGUUAAUAUAAUAACUUAAUAUUUGGAAGUUUAGAUUUAAUUAGAAAAAAUGAGUUUUAUGUUUAAACCGGCGACUACAACUACAGCGAGCACUUUUGGCUCCAAUACACCUUCAGGAUCAAUUUUCGGCGGUGGUGAUACGAAAACUACUACAGAAAACAAGCCCAGUAUUUUCGGCAGCCCUGCCAGUAGCACACCGGGCUUCGGCUUUUCAAUCGGAGCAAAAACAACAGCCUCAACAAACUUAUUCGCUUCGACCCCAACUACAAGUACAGCAUUCGGUGCGAGCAAGCCCUUAUCGUUUGGAGCCUUCACAUCACCCCCGGUCCAGACCGUCGGUACACCAGGAUUCGGAUCACCUCAAACAACUAAUGCGGAACAGAAGCCAGCGUUCACGCCAACACCGGCGUUCGGGACUAACACGACACAGGCGCCCAGUUUCGGCUCCAACAGUUUCGCUCCCCUGUCUACGUUCAACUUCACCACGCCAUCCUCGGGGUUCUCAGCACCACAAACUACGAGCGCCCCACAGACAAGUCAGCCGACAACUGGUUUCGGGCAGUUCGGUGCGAAGCCGUACAGCUUCGUGGCCGCCGCUACCACAGCUCCCGCAACUCAAACUACUCAAGCGAAUGUCUUUGGACAAGCCCAAAGCUUCCCUUCGUCUUUCACGGCGACCACACAGACCCAAUCUACGACCCAGUCAACAUUUGGUAAUCAGUCGUUCGCCACGGGUCAACCGAGCUUCGGCAAUCAAGCACAGACAAGCCCGUUCGGUGGUGGCCUGAAUUUCUCCAAACAAACCAGCCAAUUCGGCCAAACACAAGCAUCGGCAAAUAUCUCGUUUGGUACAACAACACAAACGACUCCGGCUUUUGGAUCUGUACAAACCUCGAGUCAAAGCCAAAGUCAACCAGCGUUCGGCCAAACGACACAAGCACAACCAGCGUUCGGCCAAACUUCCCAAGCUCAGCCAACGUUUGGCCAAACUUCUCAAGCACAACCAACAUUCGGCCAAACCUCCCAAGCUCAAUCAGCAUUUGGCCAAACCUCUCAAGCUCAGCCAGCAUUCGGUCAAACCUCUCAAGCUCAGCCAGCAUUCGGUCAAACCUCUCAAGUUCAGCCAGCAUUCGGUCAAACCUCUCAAGCUCAGCCAGCAUUUGGCCAAACUUCUCAAGCCCAACCAGCGUUUGGCCAAACAUCCCAAAAUCAAUCAACUUUUGGUCAAUCAACACAGCCGUCAUUGUCUUUCGGACAAACCUCCCAAGCUGCUCCAACCUUUGGACAAACAACGCAGGCCCAAACAACACAAUCAUCAGCAUUCGGUCAAACAACACAAGGCUUAGCCACCACAGUGAAAACAACACAAGCAAUGUUUGGCCAAUCACAGCCAUCACAAACGCCAAGUUUCGGCCAAUCCGGCCAGACCUCUACAUCACAGACAACUCAAGCCAUAAGCUUCAGUACAAGUCUUUCUACGGCACAAACCACUAGUGCAUCGGGACUAUCGACUAGCGGGUUAGGAAUAUCGACCAGUGGUUUCGGGCUCACAACUAGUGGGACGGGAAUCUCGACGAGCGGUUUGGGAAUAUCAUCGAGUUUAGGAGUGUCGACUGCAACAGCGGGAAUCACUACUAGCAGCUUGGGGAUAUCCACAAGCGCUCUGGGAACCACUACCACGAGUGGUAUAUCUCUCGCCGGUGGCUUAUCAUUCGCCAAGACAACAACAGCAACUUCAACGACCCCGUCCGGUAUAACAGCGUUGGGCAAAACGGCUGCAAGUGUGAUGCCUCCUACUACGGUAUCCCAAGCCCCUCCAGCGGCUAUAACUUCAAUAAAUUUCGCGGAACUCCAGGAAAAUAUCAAUAAGUGGAGUUUGUCUUUGGAGGAACAGGAGAGAGUUUUCUACAGACAAGCGACUACACUCAACGCCUGGGACAGACUAUCGGCGAGUAACGGUGAAAAGAUCUUAGAGCUGAACGAGGCUAUAGAGACACUCAAGAACGAGCAACAGAGUUUAGAACACGAAUUGGACUUUGUUCUAGCACAACAGAAGGAGCUAGAAGACAUACUCACACCGUUAGAGAAGAAUAUAGUGGAUGAAAGAGUUAGAGAUCCGGAGAGAGAACAUAUGUAUUCAUUAGCGGAGACUUUGGAUACACAGUUACGGCAAAUGUCUGAGGAUCUGAAAGAAGUCAUCGAACAUCUCAAUGAGACCAAUAGAAAUCCAGACAAUAAUGAUCCAAUCGUCCAGAUCGGUCGGAUCCUCAACGCUCACAUGUCGUCCAUGCAGUGGAUCGACAGCUCCAUAGCUCAGAUAACGACCAAGCUGGACGGGCUCCGGGCGACACACGACGCGCUCAGGAAAGACAACCAGAGGUCGUUCCAGCUAACAUAUAAUUAAGUUAUAGCAUGUACACGAGUCGGAGUAUAGUUUAUCAUAGUAAAGACUGAACUCUGCAUACAACAAGAAAAGUAUAGACAAAGCUGCAUCUCUCGCAUCUCCUCCACCCUACGUGACACUGGCAGAGUAUACGUGCGGGUCUUCGCACGGAUGAAGGCCAUAUAAUAAAAAAAAGAAAGCUGUAUCUCUCGAAAUAUACUAAUUUACAAUGAUAAACAUGAAACAAGUAA